AAGUCGGCAGUAAAAAACUAAUAAAAAUGAGUGAGAAUCGUUGGAAUUCCGCAACUGAGUUCAGUUACAUACUUCAGCGUCAGGAAAGCGAUGUUUCGGUAACGGAGGUGCAUCCCUUUGAUGACAUGAACAAUUUAAUGAAGAGUGACCAUCAACAGCAUCGUCCACAUCAACAGCAGCAACAAUCACAGCUUCAACAACAACCACAACAAACCGGACAACAACAACAGCAGCAUCCUAAUGCAGAACUAAGUGACUCAUUGUCAUCAUUGCCUCAAGCGUCCUUCAACUACAUCAAUUCAAUUGUUGGUAGUGGAGUGAUUGGCAUUCCGUACGCCUUUCAUCGUGCAGGUUUUGGCUUGGGACUGUUGCUUCUCAUAUUAGUUGCCUACAUCACCGACUAUUCACUUAUACUAAUGGUGAGAUGUGGUCAUAUAUGCGGUCGCUUCAGUUAUCCAGGCAUAAUGGAGGCAGCCUAUGGAAAGUAUGGUUAUUAUUUGUUGUCAUUGCUGCAGUUUAUGUAUCCAUUUUUAGCCAUGAUAUCGUACAAUGUGGUCGUCGGUGAUACGCUAUCUAAAGUGCUAGUGCGAUUUUUUCCCUCGUGGGGCACAUCAAUGGGCGCCGUUCGACUGGGUGUGGUGUUCUUCGUAACGAUUGGUGUGGUGGUACCGCUUUGCUUGUACAAGAACGUUUCGCGUCUGGCCAGAGCGAGUUUUAUUAGCUUAGCAUGUGUGGUCUUUAUACUGUUUGCCGUGAUUUUGAAGCUUAUGUCAGGUGAUUACAAAGUAACUGAUACAGCGGAUUCCUGGAGAUUUGCAAAUGUCGAUGUUAUUCCCGCAACGGGUAUAAUGGUUUUUGCAUUUAUGUGUCAUCACAAUACUUUUCUUGUAUAUCAAUCCAUGCGUGAUGCAACUAUGGAACGUUGGGAAAAGGUUACUCACGUUUCAAUUGGUUUUGCAUGGACAGUAGCAGCACUUUUUGGAAUUGCAGGAUAUUCAACAUUUCGUGCUCUAUCUCAAGGUGACUUACUAGAGAACUAUUGCUGGAAUGACGACCUGAUGAACUUUUCGCGUGUGCUUUUUUCCAUCUCAAUAUUAUUAACAUUUCCCAUAGAGUGUUUUGUAUCUCGAGAGAUUGUUAGAGCAUUAGUACAUCGUUUUGUUCUAAAGGAGCCAAUAAGUGAGUUUACUCAAGAUAAAGAUCCAAAUUUAGAGAAAGGUGCUGAAAUUGACGAAUACUCCAAAAUUAUAACACUUGCAAUUGUAUUUAGUGCAUUUGUUAUAUCACCGCUCACAGAUUGCUUGGGAUCCGUACUAGAAUUAAACGGUCUAUUGGCUGCCAUACCAUUGGCAUAUAUUUUACCUGGUUUAGCUUACAUACAAAUGGAACCGCAUUCAUUGUUUAGUCGAGAGAAACUACCAGCCUUAGGACUGGUAGUGUUUGGUGCUAUUGUAACUGUUUUGGGUGCUGCAGUGCUUUUGCCAAAUCUGAUGGGUGAUUGUAGGGCUGAUAUAGUAAUGGGCUAUUGUAAGCAUGAUAUCGACUUUGGACGUGAAAAUAUAACUGAUAUUUCAGCAAGUAAACGCGGAAAUUAAGAUAUUUUUU